GUUUUCUCAACGAUGCAUUAUUGUAUACCUUCACUGUUUUUUUUCUUUUGAAAAAAUAAAACCAAGAAGUAAUACCGAGUUUUCGAUAAAAUCAUACGCGUGUCGUCAUGACAGUAGUUGAUGUAAGGUUUGAGUUUGUGUUAUAUAUAAAAGGCUACACUUACCACCACCCAUCUCUCUAUCUCUCUUGAAGUAGACUCUAAGCCACCGUCAGAUCUAAGAUCUCAGCUUUCCGCUCCAAGCCAUGGCCGAGAAGGGCAAGGAGAAGGUAACUAUGAUGAAGCUGAAAGUGGAUCUUGAUUGUGCCAAGUGUUACAAGAAGGUCAAGAAGGUUCUUUGCAAAUUCCCUCAAAUCAGAGACCAACUGUUCGAUGAGAAGUCCAACAUAGUCAUCAUCAAGGUGGUUUGCUGCAGCCCUGAGAGGAUCAUGGACAAACUGUGUUCUAAAGGUGGCGGCUCUAUCAAGACCAUCGAGAUCGUCCAGCCACCCAAGCCGCCUCAAGCUCAGCCACAAGCUCAGGCUCCUCCCCAAAAGCCCAAAGAUGCUCCCAAAGCCGCCGAUAAGCCUAAGGAGGGCGAGAAGCCUAACCAAUCGGAAAAGCCCAAAGAAUCCGAAAAGCCUAAACAAUCUGAAAAACCGAAGGAAUCUGAAAAGCCUAAGCAAUCAGAGAAACCCAAAGAAUCCGAUAAACCCGCAGCCGCUAAACCGGCACCAGCUCCUGCACAGGCACCUGCUCCUGCUCCAGCCGCAAAGCAGCCUGGACCACCACCACAAGCUAUGCCUAUGAUGUCACAUGGGCAACCAGUGGCUAUGUGUUAUGGGCCAUACUAUGACGGUUUUGGAGGUGGGCCAGCGUUCAGUGGAUACGGACUGCCGCCGCCGCCUCAACAGUACGAGACUUAUGGCCGACCUGUCUAUGACAGUUGGGGAGGAGGUCCACCACCUAGUUACCGACAAUGCCAACCCAAUAGAUGCGAUUACUUCAGCGAAGAGAACCCACAAAGCUGCUCCAUCAUGUGAUAUGCCGCAUUUCCUUUUCACUCUUUUUAAAUCCUUAUAAUUUUCUUCAAAUCGUUCUUUUUUCUUUUACAAAUAAUGAAAAGAAUAUAUAGAGAUGUUUAUGUAAUGUGAUAGGAGAACGGACAAGGAAGACGAUCUUUGUAUUCUAAAGCUGUAACUGUAAACAUUAUAAGAAAACUGUUUCAUUUUCUUAAAUAA